CAUAAAACAUGUCUUUCACGCGACGGCACAUUGAUCUUGCUGUUUCUCCAUCACCCUCCUCGAAAUGUCAACAAUAGACGAUCUCUACCCGAUCCCCUGCGCAUUCUGUAAUAUCUCAAAGACUUACCCUGCCUCACCGAACUCCGACGUCCCAUCAAAUCCAGAACCGGAAAAGAUCGAGCCACAAUGCCAUCUCAUCCUCUCUACCCCUUUGGUUCUUGCCUUCCUGGAUAUAAUGCCCAUAGCGCCAGGCCACAUCCUCCUCACGACGCGCAAACACUACACGAAACUGAGCGAUCUACAAUCCAGGACGCCAAGUUCCGCAACCUGGAAUGCGAAACGUGAAGCUUCUGAGGCAAGAGAUGCGGCGCGAGCAUUGGGAGAAUGGCUUCCCAUUGUAAGCAGGGCUUUGUGCAGUGUGACGGGUAUUGAGGAUUGGAAUGUUGUACAAAACAAUGGCGAAAGAGCGGCGCAAGUGGUGCCGCAUAUACACUUCCAUCUGAUACCAAGAUACCAAGAAGGGAGGGAAGAGACGCAGAGGAACGGAAGGUCGGAUUGGGGUGCCUUGAAGAGUUGGAAAAUGUUUGGACGUGGGAGUAGGGAGGAUCUGGAUGAUGAUGAGGGCAAGGAAAUGGCAAGGAGGUUGAGGGAAGCCAUUAAGAAGGAGGUGGAGGGGGAAGAGGUUCUUCGAGGUGGGAAAAGCAAGCUAUGAUACAAGUUUAUGACUGUGUGGUAUAUCAAGCGGGCGAGAGAUGGAGACAUGUUCGUUGGUCACCGAGUACGACCAAGCGUCAUUGUUGGUAUUGUCGAAGCAUCACGCAUGCUCUUAAACAUCUGCGAGCUCGUCAGUCCGCCUCGACAACGGACUCAUCCCAGGUCUCGAGGACGAUUGACUUCAUUGAGCGAAGCUCGCCCUCUGUAGAAGAGGGGUGUAGCGUCAAUCAGCCAACGGCAAAGGACUCAAAUCAGUCCAGCGAUUGCGGUAUCAACGAACAGCAUAGACCGGAAAUAUUGAUGCCCUCCAUAUCGAAUGCUGCGCACUGAUUCUAGCAUGUGCACACCAGUCUGCGCGCAGCUACUGUCCAAUUCGACCAUCUUUGCUGAUGUCGACGCACGAAUUAAGAACCUCAACGGCACUCAGCAACUCUCUUCAUAGAAAGGACUGGCUGAGGCCGUACAUGACUGAAUCUAAGAAGUCGCGUUCCUGAUGGCUAUCACGCAUUGAUUGACGCUGAGCAGUUGGAUAUAAUUUGCUCUGUCCAUCGAAAGAGAUCUGAGAAGACUCAUGGCAUCGAGAUUGGAGAUCUUGGAAGGGCAAUAUUCUGAAAAGACCAAAGUCAUUGGCCAGCAAAGCAUCGUUCGAAUGGCGCAGAGGGUCGAGUCCCACCAUUCUUUGGUGAUCUCCUCGAUCGUUUGAUAGUGCUAUGCUAUGCUUUUGUGCUGUCUUCACCAACACUGUAAGCCUUUGCAACUCCACUUCUUCCCUCCUCCAUCGCUGCUCCUCGAAUCUUGCCGUCAUCGUCUCUCUCGUAGGCAAUCUCAAAGUCGCUACCAAGACCUUUCCACGUACGCUUUGAUCGCAGAAACUCGGCAGCCGGCGAUACUUGACCGUUAAUUGCCGCAAGAUCUCCUUUUGCUCUUUGUACCAGCGCCGAGCUGGGUGGCGCUUGCUGUGAUGAUCCAUUACUUUGAGCACCCACAGCAGCCGGGCGCUUGUUGAGUCGACCCAUUGGUCGGCUGUGGCUGACAUAUCGUCCCGUGCGAAAAUCAAACUCAGGCGGCUCGUCGUCAGAUGGCAUCUCGUCCCAGUCACCUGUGGCCGAAGCAACCUCUUCCAUAGACUCGCCGGUCUUAUCGCCGUUGAUCACGGCGUUGCGGAUUUCCUGCACCUUUUUGUGCUUGUUCAAAAGUUGAGAAAAGUC